CCAACAAAACUGCACUUUAAUUUAAAAACAAAUUAUAUUAUAUAUAAUAGCUUUUGAGAUUUAAAACACAAUUUUACUACAAGAUUAAAAAUUUUAAUGAUGAACAUAUUUGUUAAUAAUAUCACAUCGACGUUCAUGUCAAUAACGUAAUUGGGGGCGUAACACAGAAAAGGAAACAGCCGUAGUCUCAAUCUGACUUCUGAGUCAGCCUGUCGUUUGUGGUGUGAAGUGCUGGGUACGUUUGGUGCAGUGUUUUAUGAGUUAUUUGGUUUGUGGGCUAUUAUUCAGGUCCCCCGGUGCGCCCAGGGAGCACCCACCACGGUCGACUGAGUAACGAAACGACAGGAAGAUGACGGACACAAGUCAGUUGGAGAAUGCACCUCCAACAGAACCACAGACAAAUGGACUUGUGGACGGGCUGGACGAAGAUGAGAAGAAUAAAAUGAGGCCGGCAGAUAUAGAUGCUGACAUGAGGGAGAUGGAGCGACGGAAGAGAGUGGAGAUGAUCAUGAACAGCAGGUUGUUUCGCGAGGAGCUGGAGAGAAUAAUAGAGACUCAGUUGAAAGACGGCAGCGGUCCUAGCGGCCUCCUGCAGCAGAUCUCGGAUAUGAUGGGCGUUCAGGGCGGCCGCCUGCAUGCUGGCUCGGUUUUCAAAGGUGCCAACUGUGUAGUUCCUAUCAACGAUAUCCGUGGCGUGGAGAGUAUGGGCUAUGCCAAAGGGGAGAAGAUCCUCAGGUGCAAGUUGGCAGCUGUGUAUAGGCUGAUGGACCUUUAUGGUUGGACGCAAGGUGUCUACAACCUCAUCACAGCGAGGUUAAACCAGGACCAGGAGCACUUCCUGAUAAACCCGUUCGGGAUGCUGUUCCACGAGAUCACGGCCUCCAGCCUGGUGAAGAUAGACAUGCAGGGUGCCGUGGUGGAGCAGGGGACCACCAACUUUGGGGUCAACGUGGCCGGCUUCGCGCUGCACUCGGCGAUCCACGCCGCCCGGCCGGACCUCAAGUGCAUCGUCCACGUGCACACCCCGUCUGUCCUCGCCGUGUCGUCGCUGAAGUGCGGGUUGCUCCCGCUGUGCCAGGAGGCCAUAGUGAUCGGAGAAGCGAGCCACCACCCCUACCUGGGAGGCCUGUUUGAGCCCGAGGAGAGGGAGAAGAUCACUCGCAACCUGGGGCCCAUCAACAAGGUAAUGUUCCUGGCCAAUCAGGGGGCUGUUUGCUGUGGUGAAACAGUUGAAGAGGCAUUUUAUAACGUCUACAACACUGUUCUUGCUUGCGAAACUCAGAUCAAGCUGAUGCCAAUGGGGGUUGAGAACCUGGUGCUGGUGUCGGACGAGACUCGCAAGCAAGUUUACGAGGCCGCCCACCGGGCGCCCGUGGUCGCCCCCAAGCUGCCGGAGGGCUCGGACCUGCCGCCAUCGGGCUUGAAGAAGGAGAAGCAGUUCCGUGUCGGCAGCGUCGAGUUUGAGGCCCUCAUGAGGAUGCUAGACAAUGCGGGUUUCCGCACGGGCUACAUCUACAGGCAACCCCUGGUGAAGGGUGAUCCCCCCAGGCCUCGGAAUGAUGUGGAGGUACCGCCUGCCGUGUCCUCGUUGGGCUACCUGCUGGAGGAAGAGGAGAUGUACAGGACCGGGAACUGGAAGAAGUAUGUGGAUGGUCGCAAGACCCACGACCGCACAAGAUGGCUAAACUCUCCGAAUGUGUACCAGAGAGUUGAGAUCCUCGAAACAGGCACUCCAGAUCCCAAAAAGAUCACAAAGUGGGUGGAUGCGAAUGCUGACGAGUGGGUUGCCGAGGGCUCUCCUACGCACAGUAGCACGCCUGUGAAGAUUGAGAGCGCACUGCAGUUUGUGCCCAAGAACACAGAUCCUCGUGAAUUCAAGAAGCUGCAGCAGCAGAUCAAAGACAAUCGUCGUGCUGACAAGAUAACGUCGGGCCCACAGUCUCACAUUCUGGAGGGAGUGUCGUGGGAAGAAGCAAAGAAAUUGCAGGAUGCCAACAUUUCAGCGACAGGCGACCAGGUUAUCCUGGUGGGGGCUGCCUCCAAGGGAAUAAUUCAGCGAGGUUUCCAGCACAAUGCCAUGGUGUACAAGACACCGUAUGCCAAGAACCCGUUUGACACCAUAACGGACGAGGAGCUGGAAGAGUACAAGAAGGUGGUGGAGCGUAAACAGAAGGGAGAAUCUUUUGAUGAGGACCAGUCUGAGUCUGAGGCAUUGUCGUCGUCACUGCAGAACAGCAGGCCUCUGGACGCCAUGAAGUCUCCGCUGAUGUCUCCCACAUCCGCCACGAGUGAAACAGAAGAGGAGAGCAAAGAUGAGCCUCGCGUGCUGCGGAUAGAGACGAAGCAGGCCCCGCGACCGAGCCAGGCCGAGGUGGUGCUCAGUGACGCUGAAUCUGACUUGCCUGAUCCCAACGUGGAGCGCUCUAUAUCUUUACGCAUACCAGCUAAAGUUGCUGAUGCUACAGGCGUCGAAGCACACAUGAGCCGCUCAUGGUCUCUGGGACGAGAUAAGAACAAACUGAAAGGCGAGAACACUGUGAACGGAGACGACCCGGAUGCCCCACACAGCACACUCUCGCAGAGCAGCAAAGAGGGAUCACCCACAAAGGACAUGUCAACCGAAGAGUCGCCUAAGAAGGACAAGAAAAAGAAGAAGGGCCUGAGAACACCAUCGUUCCUCAAGAAGAAGAAGGAGAAGAAGAAGAUCGUCGAGGCAUAGGCUUAAGCAGCCAAACAAGCCUGCUGCACACACUGCCAAGAAGCCAGCCAGCGUCGUGCGACAGUUGACGGUUGCGCGAGUGUGUCGCGUCUCGUGGUGGUUCUCGCUCCCCGUGACAGCACAAGACUGCCCCGCAGACCUCCAGCCAGCAUUGUUUCUCUUUCGUAUGCCGAGCACGCUUUUAAUAAAAGUUUUUAUUUUUGAAGAAUAUAUUGUAGCCGUGUACAGAAUGUGGGGGAUAACGUGUGCUACUCCUGGUAAACAUAGAGAGACUACCUGUUAAUAUUUACUGUUACGUGAAUGAAUUUCGAGUUGCUAAGUGCUUCAUAUCAAAUUUUCAGGUGGCAGAAUGAAUGCAAUUUUUAUGAAAUUUUUUCAGUGUUGAGUUGUCUAUUAUCUUGUGAUGGACAUUUAAGUCGAGAAGUUUGAAGAGAAUGUGGCUUGUGGUGCACAAACUUUAACUGUAUUUUGUAAGUGGCUUCAAGCCGCAUUUUUAAGUUUUGGAAGAACCUUAGUUGUUUGUGAGAUAUUUUAGAUUUUAUUGAAAGCCAUCAUGGUUAUAAGAGGUUCUAUAAUUUUUUUCUUAUGAUUUUUAAAAAACCUACUUUUUACAGUUUUUCCUCAGUUAGUGGUCACAGUGUUAACACGUAUACAUAAUAUUGAUCAUGCUUUGAGGAAAAAGCUUUCUUGAUGUCUUUUAGUACAAGAUAAAUGUUCAAUAUGCAUUUCAUAGUGUUUUUGUGUGGUAAUUGCAACUGUGAAAGUAAUUAUUCAUUAUGAAGUACAGUUUUAUGUUUAAGUUGAUUUUUUUUUUUAACUGGAACUUUGUUUUAACAGUAGUGCAUCUCUGGUUGUGUAAUUUAUUGUGGCAAUAUUUUAAUAUUAUUGUUGAUCAUGAUUUGUUUAGAAUAAUAGAUUUGAUUACUCAGUAUUGUUAUGGGUGACAGCUUUAUUCAUUCUGUUGUCUUAUAUGUUGAUGACUGUGACUAUUUUCAAGAGAAUAUAACUCUAGGAUAUUAAAAAAAAAUUCCUGGAAGUAACUCAGUUCUAUACUUUUCUACCAGAGCGAAAAAUAUACAUACUUGUACAGUUAAAAUAUUGGGACUUGCAUCACAAUUAUUACGAACGCUAUAGAGACAUUAAAAAUAUAUAUAUGCUUGUAAAUUUUGUAUUGAUACAAUAAUUCUACUUCACAAUUUGUUGUUGCAAAUGAAAAGUAGCUAAUGAUUUGAAUGUGUAAAGAAACCAUUAAAACAUGUCCAAAUCCUAUCCAUUCUUGUAUGAACAUUUGCAGCUGUGGUAUGAUAAACAAGAUUGAAAUAGGA